GCGGCGGAGCACUGUUGAACUGUGAUACACCGUUAGUCAGGUGCAGGCCCUCAUCUCGCUCUUUAUUUCAUCCAUUUGCAUACAGCCACGGCGUUGCGCGCAUGGCUUCCACAGCUCAAGGUCCACGACCCGUCGUGAUAUCUGGGCCUUCAGGCACAGGCAAAUCAACCCUGCUUAAACGCCUCUUCGCCGAAUACCCAGACAAAUUCGGCUUCUCCGUAUCUCACACCACUCGUGGCCCAAGACCGGGCGAGGAAGAUGGCAGAGAAUACAACUUCACCAACAAAGAAGCUUUCCUGAAGCUCGUCGAUGAAGGAGGAUUCAUUGAGCAUGCCCAGUUUGGCGGCAACCAUUACGGAACCAGCAUCGCUGCCGUGAAACGUGUUGCGGACCAGGGAAGAAUAUGCGUCCUGGACAUUGAGAUGGAGGGUGUUAAACAAGUGAAACGGACUGAUCUCAAUGCAAGGUUCCUUUUCCUUGCUCCUCCAUCCAUUGAAGAAUUGGAAAAACGCCUGCGUGGUCGCGGCACUGAGUCAGAGGACAGUCUGCAAAAGCGACUGGCCCAGGCCCGAGUGGAGUUGGAAUACUCGAAGGAACCCGGUGCGCACGACAAAAUUGUUGUCAACGAUGAGCUUGAGGCCGCAUACGUUGAGCUGAGAGACUGGGUGGUAGAUGGCGGGAAAUUUGGCUCGCAGUAG